AUGGCCAUGGCGGGGGGAUCGCAGGGAUGCGAACAGGAAUGCGAGCCGGGAUCCGAACAGGGAUGCGAACAGGGAUGCGAGCACUACCGGCGGGGCUGCCGGCUGCGGGCACCGUGCUGCGGGAAGCUGUACCCGUGCCGGCUGUGCCACGACGGAGCCGAGGAGCACCAGCUGGACCGGUUCCGGGUGUCCGAGGUGCAGUGCAUCCGCUGCCGCCUCCUGCAGAAGGCCCAGCAGCGCUGUGAGGGCUGUGACAGCCUCUUUGGGGAGUACUACUGUGACAUCUGCCACCUGUUUGACCGAGACAAGAAGCAGUACCACUGCGAGGAGUGCGGCAUCUGCAGGAUUGGCCCCAAGGAGGAUUUCUUCCACUGCUCCAAAUGUAAUUUGUGCCUGAGCCUGAGUCUCCAAGGAAAGCACAAGUGUAUCGAAAAUGUCUCCAGGCAGGAUUGUCCAAUAUGUUUGGAGGAUAUUCACACAUCUCGUGUUGGAGCCCAUGUUCUGCCGUGUGGUCACCUCCUUCACAGAACAUGUUACGACGAAAUGCUGAAAGAAGGCUACAGGUGUCCUUUGUGCAUGCACUCGGCGUUGGACAUGACCAGGUACUGGCGCCAGCUGGACAACGAAGUGGCACAGACUCCCAUGCCCACGGAGUACCAGAACAUGAUGGUGGAGAUCCUUUGCAACGACUGCAAUGCCCGCUCCACGGUGCAGUUCCACCUCCUGGGCAUGAAGUGCCAGAACUGUGAGUCGUACAACACGGCCCAGGACGGGCGGUGCCGGCUGUCCUUGGAGGAGCAGUGACCGGGAUACGCGCGGCAUUCGGCCGGACGGGGAGUGCUGUGCCACGGGAGAGACUUGUUUUACAAACAAAGCAACUCUUUGUCAGUAAAAAUUCCAGUAUUCCUAGUUCAAGGAGUCCUUGACUGCGUCAGGGAGGAGGCAGAUUAGAAGAGCAGCACGAGGAGAUGCGGUGAGCAGCUGAUGCAGCAGCAGGAGAAGUUUUGGGGCCUCAUCCUGGCUCGCUGCCGUCCCUUCGUUCAGAUUCCUUUGCCAGCCACACUCGCUCUAUUCCCCCAUUUCUUCCUCAUUUUGCAGUGUUCACUGGCAAAGGCCCAGGUGGUGUAGGGUUUUAGACUCGUACACAGCUCAGUUUUGCUGGUGAGGUACCUGAAGUGAAGCACAUGCUUCACAUCAGGCCGAGCCCGAGAUGUUCACUGCGACAGCAGCAGUCCAGAGGUGCUCCAGUGCUGCAGGGACCAAUUUUCUGUGGUUCUGGCGUUUGUUAACUUCAGUUGGAAGUUUGUUAGAACUUCCCUGGGGGGAGAGAAUGGGGGGGUGAACGACUGCCUUUUAAAAGAAGUGAGAACCCCAGCCCAGCCCUUCUUUGUGUGACCUCCUGCCUGAGGUGUUUCGCAGUCUUAAAUAUUGCAGAAAGUUCUUGAUUUCUGUGAAUUUCACAUGCAGAUGCUUUACAGUAAUAAGAUAUAAAACAAGAGUCAGUUACUCUUCAGGUUACAUCUACUCAUUUUUAACUUGUUCUGUUGUAAAAUGAGCUUUUCUUAAUCCAGCAGUGCCCCUUUCUGCAUGGAGUAUUUAGGAUUUGGAUGGUAGCUGUUGUAGCUUGCCUUGACUGGGGUAUCUUUUUCUGGAGCACUUUUCUCACUGCUAUAAAUAAAUGUAAAAUAAGUUCUCUGGUAAAAUAAACAAGUGACACUG